CACAGAAAUCAAAACUGAACCCACAGAAAUCAAAACUGAACCCUCAGAAGAAGAAGAUCGCUCUGAAGAAGAUGAUGAUUUUAUUCCAUUAGUGUUGAGACGUUGAUGAUGAGAUGUGCUGUGCUGUAAAUCAGUAGGAACUGAUCUGUCCAUGCUGGAUAUAUUGAUGAUUUCAUCACAGAAAUCUCUCAGCUGAACAAAGAGGUGGCGUUACUGGAGACAAAGCCGAGGUCAAGAGGAGAUUUAGCAAUGAAUCGAGAGGAUGUGGAUUGUUGUGAAUCUUCAGUGUAUGUGACUGAUGAUGGGAGUCUGGAUUCAGUGUGGAUGAGCAGAGAUCAGAGCCGCACACCACAGCCACUACAGGACUCCGAUCUCAGUCUGACUUUACUCUGUUAUAUUGAGUCAAAGCCCACAGACACUCAGGACACUACAGUGUGUGACAGUAAACAGAGCUUACAGGAGGAUCAAACCUCCACAGAGUCUCUGGAUUCUGUCUGUAACGCUGGAGAACAGCAGCAGAUCCUGCAGACCAAACUGAAGAUGUGUUCAGUUAAACUCAUCGACUGCACGAACCUCAUGAUGAAGAUUAAAACUGAACCCACAGAAAUCAAAACUGAACCCACAGAAAUCAAAACUGAACCCAGAGAAGAGGAAGAUCGUACUGAUGAAGAUGAUGAUUUUAUUACAUCAGAUGUGAAGAGUGAUUCAUGUUUGGAUAAAGAAAUAACGUCCUCAACAUCAAAAGAACGACUGACAGCACAAACUCUUUCCUAUGGAAAGACAUUCAGCUCACAGAGACUUUUAGAGAGACAUGAGAAAAAACACACAGAACAGAAACUCUUCACCAGAUCUGAGAUCAGCUUAACUACCUUACAAGAGAAGAAACUUCAUUCAGAAGACCACAGAGAGAAGAAGAAGAAGAAGAAGAAGCAGUUUCACUGUGAGCAGUGUGGAAGGAUUUGUGUCUCUUCCUCUGAUCUAAAUGUUCACAUGAGGAUCCACAGUGAUGAAAAGCCUUUCUACUGCACUGAAUGUGGAAAAUACUUCAAAACCAAACCAAAUCUUAAAUCUCAUCAAAGACUUCAUACAGGAGAAAAACCUUUCAAAUGCACUCAGUGUGACAUGGCGUUUGCUUGUUCAAGUAAUUUAAAAGUUCAUAAGAGAGUUCACACUGGAGAGAAACCUUAUCAAUGUAGUGUCUGUGGGAAGAGUUUUAGUCUAAAGUCUACCUUACUAAAGCACCAGAGAGUUCAUACAGGUGAAAAACCUUACAAAUGCUCUCAGUGUGACAAGACGUUUGCUCAGUCAGGUUCUUUAAAUGCCCAUCAGAAAGUUCACACUGGAGAGAAACCUUACGUCUGCACUCAAUGUUGGAAGCGCUUUUCUAAUUCAUCUCAUUUCAGAGUUCAUCAAAGAAUUCAUACUGGAGAGAAACCUUAUCACUGUAGUGUCUGUGGGAAGAGUUUCUUUAAUUUAUCUCAAUUCAGAGUUCAUCAAAGAGUUCAUACUGGAGAGAAACCUUAUCACUGUAGUGUCUGUGGGAAGAGUUUCUUUAAUUUACCUCAAUUCAGAGUUCAUCAAAGAGUUCAUACUGGAGAGAAACCUCAUCAGUGUAGUGUCUGUGAGAAGAGUUUUAGUCAACGGGCUUCAUUACUAAUUCACAUGAGAGUUCAUACAGGUGAAAAACCUUUCAAAUGCUCUCAGUGUGACAAGAGGUUUGCUUAUUCAGGUCGCUUCAAAGCUCAUCAGAGAGUUCACACUGGAGAGAAACCUUAUCACUGUAGUCUCUGUGGGAAGAGUUUUAGUCUAAAGUCUACCUUACUAAAGCACCAGAGAGUUCAUACAGGUGAAAAACCUUACAAAUGCUCUCAGUGUGACAAGAGGUUUGCUCAGUCAGCUCAUGUAAAAGUCCAUCAAAGAGUUCAUACUGGAGAGAAACCUUAUCACUGUAGUGUCUCUGAGAAGAGUUUUAGUCAAGGGUCUUCAUUACUAAGUCACAUGAGAAUUCAUACAGGUGAUAAACCUUACAAAUGCUCUCAGUGUGACAAGACGUUUGCUCGUUCAGGUCACUUCAAAGCUCAUCAGAGAGUUCACACUGGAGAGAAACCUUAUCACUGUAGUCUCUGUGGGAAGAGUUUUAGUCUAAAGUCUACCUUACUAAAGCACCAGAGAGUUCAUACAGGUGAAAAACCUUACAAAUGCUCUCAGUGUGACAAGAGGUUUGCUCAGUCAGCUCAUGUAAAAGUCCAUCAAAGACUUCAUACUGGAGAGAAACCUUAUCACUGUAGUGUCUGUGGGAAGAGUUUUAGUCUAAAGUCUUCAUUACUAAGUCACAUGAGAAUUCAUACAGGUGAUAAACCUUACAAAUGCUCUCAGUGUGACAAGAUGUUUGCUUCUUCGUCUAACUUAAAAUCCCAUCAGAGAGUUCAUACUGGACAGAUCCUUUAACUUUCCCUCCCAGAAAAAAACAGAAAAAUGCUGUUUCUAGUGCCAGCAUUUUUUAAUGAUUUUCACAAAAGUUUAAUAUCUUCCAGAAAACGUACAAUAUAUCAAAUGAAAAAUAGACCCUCUGCUUUAAAACAAAAAAGACGUUUCAUCCUACCUUCAUUACUUUUCUUGUAAUCACUUCUCAAAUAGGGGUAGGUUUCUUGAAAAACACAAAAUGUUGAGCAAAAAGCUGAGAUAAUUGCAUUUUUGUAAAGGACUUUUGAUAGAGAUCCAAUUCAGAGCGGUCCAUAAAAAAAUACAUGGACAUACAGCUGUUUGUCCUAGGGCAAUACUUCUGAGUUGUAUAAGUUGCAGAAGAGCACCACCUGGUGGAUAAUAGCGGUAUUGCGGAAAGCCAGAAUUACUCGUCAUUGGCAGGGAAGCAUUUUUUUCACUACAGCAAUGGUGAACAGACCAUGGAAAUCCGGAAUGUGUAUAAUAGACUGAGGAGAAGAGCAUCUAACAGAGGUAGGGGUGUGUGGUGGUGUGCUGCUUUUGGGCUUCCAGGGCCACUUUUAGGCUGUAACUAAACUUAUAUGAAUUAAGGUGAAGGCAACAAUGUGAUAAACAAACUGGUUGGGUUUAGGUAAAGGGUGGGUUUAGAUGCUCCAACAUAUAUUUAAAACCAUAAUUGUUUAUGAAACCAUUUCUACAUUUACAAAUGUAGAAAAUAAAAUGCAUUUAAUCUGAUGUAUAAGGCAAAGAACCUUAAAACGUAACCACAGGUCGUAAAAGCUUUGUCCGCUAGAGGGCACUACGUCCCUAUCUGUUGUAUUAUGGUGCAUGCAUAAACAAACUAUUAGGUCGUAAUUUUUGGAGGACAGCAAACAUACUGUAACUAUUAGGGAUGCCACAAUUCUCAAUACAUUAUUGAAUCAUUCGGUUCGACCCCACGGUGCAAUACGGGCAUGUGAAUUGCGUUUUUUUUUGUUUGUCCAUCCAAAUCUGUCAGUUCUAUAUUCCAUGCACUUUUGUUAAUGUGCGGUUAUAUAGACGGUUUCAGCAAUAACAAGAUAAACAAGCGGCUGUCGCGGUCCGCACGUAACUACCGGUAAACUCCGCUAAUAAUAAAUAACUACAAAGUACUUUAAACGUAGUUUAUUUAUAUAACAAGCAAAAAAAACACAUUGAUUACCUAGGAAACCAAAACAUUUGUUAUUUUAGACGAGGCAUCUGUUCAAGAGAUCAGUUUUGCAACUAGUCAGACCAUUAAAAAAAAAAAAAAACGGAAGUAAAGUUCGGAUCCAGACGUGAAUCACGUGCGUGCGAUGAAACCGUCUAUACGACACAGCGAGUUGAUAUGCAGUCACUGUGUGCUACCUGCGUUUACUCUGCUUGAACUCUGCUUGCAAUGCUGGUGUCAGAUUUCAUUCGCGUGCGCACAAACCCAACAGAAAUACGUCAACAAAAAGCAGCAGAACGACUGUCUUUUAAAUCUGAGGUGUGGAUACAUUACUUGCGCGUGUAGAUUACAUACAACAUCAAUGUAAAGAUGCAAAUUCGCGUGGGGCAAUGUGAAUGACGCAAAUUGGGCUUGUUAUUGAUGCAAACGCGCAUUAUUUGCCUCAAACACGUCUUCCGUCCUCAAAAAGUUCAACUCAAGAAGAGAAUGCGCCUGAUGCUAAAAUAAAUCCCACCAGUAAUCUUGAUUGAGGAACGCAUUUUUGGUUUCUACACAGACAGCAUGAUGUUGGAUUUAACAGUAGUGCAGUAAGGUAUAGCCUUCAUUUACAAUGUAAAGUUUAAUUUACUAAGUAUAGGUAUAUAAAAUGGCCAAUUUAUGUAAUGUAAUGAAUUCACAUGUUCCCCAGUUUGAAUAGGAUAUCAUUUUUAUAUGUCUUUAUUUAAUUAUAUCUUAUAUAAUUGUAUCAAUACACUAGAAAUGUUUAAGAUGAUUUUGCAUUUACAUAAAAUAAAGAGAACUGCAAUUAAAACCAGUAUUUUUGCUUCUUAACAUCUCACUGUUCCUGUUUCCUAAGCAUAGAAUAAUUAAAAAAACACUUUAAUAGGCCAAGGCAUCAGAACCGAAACCGAACAGAAAACCGUGGACAAGAACCGAAAAUUGUAUUGAACUGUGAACUAAGUGUAUUGUUGCAUCACUAGUUACUAUAUACAGUAGUGUUGUUUUUAAUUUUUUAUUGACACAUUUAUAAUUUUUAUAUAAUCUCUUUUAUAAACUCUUUUGUUAUGUGUCAAACUCGUUUAUUUUAUGUUGUGUGCUAUGUGAUUUUAAGAAUUGGUUUCAAAGUCUUAAUGUCAUGGGACCAUAAUGUCAUUUAUUGUCCAUUAACUUGCCUUGGAUAGGAACACACUGAGAAAGAAAGUGUUCAGAUUAUUCAGUAAAUGCUUUGUUCAUUUUUCUAACAAUUACGUCUUCUGACUUCUGCUAUAGGCCUAUAUGCAAGCAUGUCACACUUUCACUGCACAGACACCAUAUAUUGUAUAACUUUCUACUUUAUUAUUAGUAUUUUAAUGAUAAUCACAGUUGAAUGUAAUGUUGUAAAAAAACAAAGUCAUUGUACAGCUACAGUAUACAGAUGAAAAUAAAGCCUUAAAACUUCAA